AACCUAAUAAUCUAUAUAUAUAUAUAUAUAUAUAUAUAUAAUAGAAGGAUUGACUCAUUAACAAAUUACAGAUACGCUAUUCAUCAUCAAGGAGACGAGCAAAAAAAUGGUCUGUAAUUUUAAGUUGUCAUGGAAGCAAACAUUAUACGUGAUCAUCAUGCACACACUCAUAGUCUCGUCCAGUUUUGCAGCCCUCUUGUUCAUUAAACACAACAAGAUCCACUUGCAUCGAUACCAAAACCUUCCGGGAUUUCUUUUCUUAUACUUGUACGUCAAUUUGGCCUGUGCAGCAUUUGCGGUAGCCGGCCGUGAGCCAGAUUCGAAUUCCUCGGACUUCCCAGAGGAACGUGAACCACAGGGUUCAAUUUUCUUCAUAGCUGAAUGUCUAAGUCAUGGCUUCGGGCUGGCUCUCCUUGUCUUUCUCCUUUCUAUUAUUUCUCCCAAACUCGCACUUUGUCUUGGAAUACCCGCUGCAGUGUACUUCAUAGCCGCUACAGUUUACAUCUGGCAGUAUAACUAGUGAUGAUUUGCAACCAAACCAAAGUCAGUCUACCAGUGUGAUCCGAGACAUCCAUACACACAACGUUUUCUUUGAUUUGGUUUACCUUAGCUUUUUAUUUUUUAUUUUAGUCAUGUCAGACUUUUUUUUUUUAACACUGAGAACUUUAUUGAUAGA